ACGGGCGGGCCAGCACGUGUCCAGCGCUGCGCUCCUCACGCAACAAUAACAAGCAACUGUAACACUUAAUCUCCCAUACUGAAAAAUAUAUUCACUGAUGAGUAGUAGCUUUUGGAGGUGUUUCUUGAAGAUGAGUUUAGUGUUAGUUUGAUAACUAGUGAAGAGUUGGUGGCAUGUGUUGAGUGUGGGUGGUAGUGUAGUGCCAGGCACAACCUCAAGACUGCUCAACCCCCAACCUGCUGCUUGCCGGCGCUCUAACCGACCCCAACCUGCUUACUUUGCGUUCUUAGUGAACCCGGCCCUCUUACCGGAGCUCUAACCAACCCCAACCACCCGAACGGCGCUCCUAUCGAACCUCAACCCGCUUACCAGCACAACAAUCAGCGAGCCCCGACCUGCUUACCGGCGGUCUAGCGAACCCCAACCCGCUUACCGACACCGGCCGCCGCCGACAUGAGCAGUGAGCGCAAGUCCUUCUGCAUUGAGUCGCUGUUGUCGCGAGAGGCUGUGGUGGCGGGCGUGGGCGGUCGUGGCACCCUCAGCCCCACUGACCUGACCUCUCACGAGGUGACCUCGCCUCCCCACACUCCCCCCCUCAGUCCCCUCUCCUCACCCCACUCUUCACCUCUUUCUAUGUCCCCUGCCGUCACCUCCUCCGCCAUGUUGAACCGUGCCACCCUGCUAGGGGGAGCCUCGGCCCCCCUCAUGCCCCCCCACCUCUACCAGUACCCGGGUAUGGGUAUGCCGCCCGCCUUGCUGCCCGCCCAUGCCUUCACGCCCACCUCCUCGCCCCUGCUGGAAGCACAAGCCUUCAGCGCCCUCAAGUCUGGAGCGACGCUGCCGCCUGCCGCACUAGACUGGUUCGCCAGGGCGGGACUUAUGUAUCCCCGCCUGCCUCCAGAGUUAGCAGAAAACGGACUCCAUUUAUACAGUAUGGGUCAGCACAACCUGCUGGGCAAGACCAGACGGCCUCGCACCGCCUUCACCUCCCAGCAGCUACUCGAACUGGAGAAGCACUUCAGGGAGAACAAGUACCUAUCUAGACCUAAGCGCUUCGAAGUAGCCACCAGCCUCAUGCUCACAGAGACUCAGGUCAAGAUUUGGUUCCAGAACCGACGGAUGAAAUGGAAGCGAAGUAAGAAGGCAAUAUCAGAAAACCGAAAGGAGCAGCGACAGAAAGAGGGCAAGGAGAAUUCGGGUGGGAAAGAGGAUCGUGGCAAGGAAGCCACCUCGGCUGCAUCUGGGGCAACGGACUCGCAGGAGGACACACUGCCUAAUAACGAAUCCGAAGACGAGAUCGAUGUACAGGAUGACACCGUAGGAGGCGAGGAGGGUCCUGAAGAGCGGGGUGAGGAACCUCUCUCAUCCCCGAGUCCUACCCAUCUCUCACAGGCCGCGGAGUCUUCAACAACGUCUUCGCCUGAUCCUCGCCGCUACGACCCGCUGUACGACAGCAUUCAUGCCCACGCCGCGGCCAUGUCUCACCUCCAUGUUCCUACUCCAGUAGUUACAUCGUCAGGCGGGUCUUCAGUCUUCUCGGGGCAAUACCAACAUGUUCCCCUCUCUGCUGCCAUCCUUACCAAACUGCCGCCAGACGCAGAACACCUCUACAGACCUUACGUCUCGUGAGACAGCCUGCAGGAUCAUCUCAAUUCUUUUUAAGAGCACCGUCAGCGCCUCCGCCAGUCUACCCAGACUCCAAAAAACACAAAAACACUUCACCGAGAAUCCCUAAGGGUCAAUUCACAGAACGUACACGGAAACACUCGAA